AUGAGUGCCGACCUGAAAGUACUGUUAGAGGCUCAAACCGAUAUCCACGGACGAAUGUCUCGGUCCGUGGAUAACAUCCGGAAGAUGGGCGUCACCAACAUCACCGCCGGGGCCAUCCAGGCUCGCCUCACCAUCCUCGACAACCUCUGGGCGAAAUUCGAGGCUCAACACGAGCUGAUACGAGCGGCGCUUAAAGACAGAUACAUGGAGAGUGAGUACGCCAAAAGUGACUUUAUAGAUACCGCGGAAUGUACGUACGUUUCUCAGCGAAGCACGUUGAGCGACUAUGCUGACAGGCUGAGCGCCGAGUCAGGUGUCGCACACAGAAUCGAGCCGAAGUCGGAGUCUUCUCCUAAAACCGCGUUGCCGCGUAUAAAAUUGCCGCCGUUCUCAGGCGCCUAUGAAGACUGGCCUUCCUUCCGGGAUCUCUUCUUGUCUCUCGUGGGAGAAAAUUCGUCGAUCUCAAAUAUUGAGCGGUUCCACUAUCUUCGCUCCUGCGUCAAAGGAUCUGCGGAGAAAUUAAUUAGAUCAUUAACUGUCACAAGCGAGAAUUACGACCGCGCGUGGGCGAUCUUGGCUAAACAUUUUGAAAAUAAAAGGGAACUCAUGCGUUUAAAUUUCUCUACCUUCACUGCCGUCGGAAAGAUGAAGUCUGAGUCCGCUGAAGAGCUGAGUCGCGUCCAUCACGCUGUCACGGCCACCGUCAACGCGCAGGAGAGUAUAGGAAGACCCAUCCACUCGCAUGGGAUGAAUCUCCUCAAUCACCUAGUGAUUGAGUUGUUCGACUCGCGAACACGUCUCGAAUGGGAAUCUUCCACGAGCGAUUCCCUCGACCCGCCAACUCACGAGGCUCUCGUAAACUUCAUAAGCAAAAGGAUCCUUACUUUAAACGCCGCUAAACCGAAGAACGCCACGAAGAACGCUGGGGAAACCUCACGGUCCGCUAAGUCUCACUUCGUGAGGAACGGGUUCGACGCUUCCAAGUGCGCCGCGUGCAAGGGCAAGCACACACUCAUGCAGUGCCCUGAGUUCAAGUCCAAGUCCGCGAGCGAAAGAAAGUCAUUCGUCGACACAAGCGGGCUCUGUUUUAAUUGCCUCGGAAAUCACGUGAUGGCGAAAUGUCACUCCGUCAAAACGUGCUUUACUUGCAAAUCGCGGCACCACACAUUGUUGCACGACGCGUACGCGACACCAACAUCGACACAAGAGGCAAGCACUUUUUCAACCACACACACUGCACACGAUCACAAGGCGACUCUUCUCGCCACGGUGCGCGUCAUCCUCAAUGACCGCUCGGGACAACCUCACGACGUGCGAGCUCUGCUCGAUCAAGGAUCCGAGGUGUCUCUCGUCUCAGAAGAUUUAGCUCAGCGCCUGCGGCUGGCGCGCACUCACUGCUCAAUGUCGGUAAUCGGUGUUGGAGCACGGUCAGGAUCCACUCGCGGAAGGAUCACGCUCGCAUUAAAGUCAAAGGCGACUGGAGCACCUCUCACUGUAGUCGCCUACGUCCUUCCAAGAUUGUCUUCCUACCAGGGGCCAGCAGUUCGGGGCUCCACCACGUGGAGGCACAUUCACGGCCUCACUUUGGCGGAUCCACACUAUCUGCAGCGAGACCCGAUUCAUCUUCUCCUCGGCGCCGAUGUCUUUUCCUCCAUCCUUCUCGAUGGACUCCGAAAGGGCCGCGAGGACCAACCCGUCGCGCAGAGGACGACAUUCGGGUGGAUCUUGUCAGGAGGCUGCGGAGUGGUGACAUCUAAUGGCGUCGUCAGCUCCCUCCAGUGUACUCUCGACCAAGACCUGAACGAUCUGGUUCUAAGAUUUUGGAAGCAAGAACGGGAACAGCCUGCUUCCGUCGCCCUCACACCAGAUGAAGAACGAUGCGAAGAUAUCUUCAGUCGCACUCACGAGCGCCAAGAAGACGGGAGGUACCAGGUACGACUGCCGCUGGCUGGCUCUCUGCCACCUCUCACCCAUACACGAAAAUCCGCCGAGCGACUUCUCGCGGCAAUGGAGCGACGUCGUUCCAGAGACGAUGACUUCGACAUGCUCUACUGCGACUUCCUAGAAGAAUAUGCAAGAUUGAAGCACAUGACUUUGGUCAAUACACCGCUUGUGAGCAAUACACCAGUAUGCUACUUACCGCAUCACGGCGUGCUCCGAACUGCGAGCACAACCACCAGAUUAAGGGUUGUCUUCAACGGAUCUCAAUGCACGCCUGCCGGAGACUCCCUUAAUAAGAGUUUGCUGCAGCGGAUCCUGUGGAGACGGCAAGGCACCGACAACAUCCAGGAAUAUCGGCUCAACACCGUGACGUACGGAUUGGCCUGUGCCCCUUUCCUAGCGAUCAGAACUCUUCGCCAAUUAGCCGACGACGAAGAGCCCGGAAAUCCCAAGGGAGCUGUCGUUUUGCGGCGCGACUGCUACGUUGAUGACAUCGUCACCGGCGCCAGUACUCUGUCCGAGGCAGUCGAAACGCAGAGGCAGUUACGCCGGCUCUGCAUGGCGGGCGGGUUCCCCUUGAGAAAGUGGUCCUCAAAUCACGAGCCCAUCCUCGAGGACAUCCCAAGGGAGCAUCAACUCCAGCAGCCUCAUCACGAUUGGGAGGACGACGCUCAUCCAACGCUGGGCCUGCGAUGGCACCCCCGCAGCGACUUCUUCACGUUCCGACUUCAGCCUCGUGCAACUGGAUCGCUGACGAAGCGACUGGUCUUGGCAGAGACGGCUCGGAUCUUCGACCCUCUAGGUUGGUUAACUCCAGUCCUUCGGCUAAAACGAUGGCUGAAUACUGACGAGCAGCCACAAGUUGAGUUCCACGGGUUUGCUGACGCAUCGGAGCGAGGUUACGCAGCAGCCGUCUACCUCCGCGUGGCGGGCUCCUCCGCUUCAAUCAGUAGCCUGCUUGCUGCAAAAAGCAAGGUUGCACCCAUUAAGCCCGUGUCUCUACCGCGUUUAGAAUUGUGCGCCGCAGUGCUAGUCACUAACCUGACUUUCCAUCUCCGCAAGACCUUAGGCUUGGUUUCAGCUCCAGUCACUUUAUGGUCGGAUUCCCGGGUGACUCUCCAAUGGAUCCAGGGUCAUGCCUCCAGGUGGAAGACUUUCGUGGCCAACAGGGUGUCCCACAUCCAGACGAAGCUUCCAGAGGCACGAUGGCGACACAUCCCAGGACGAGUCAACCCUGCCGACUGCGCUUCUCGAGGGAUUGAGCCACGGGAUCUUCUCAACCACUCUCUAUGGUGGACGGGACCCCCAUGGCUCGUCGAGGAUCCGUCGCUCUGGCCACAGAACGACCACGCCAUCCAGGACGUCGAGGUGCCGGAGACGAGAGCAAUCACUUCUCACUUGACGUCUGCACGGAGGACCGAACCGGAGAUCCUCAUCAGGUUCUCCGACCUCCAUCGCCUCUUGAGAAUCACAGCUUGGUGUUGCCGAUGGAGAGGCAAACAACCGAGCUCCAAGGCUCACCUCAACCUCACGGCCGACGAGUUGGAGGCGGCCCUGCUCCGUUGGCUCCGCUUGGUGCAAUCUCACCAUUUCUCCAAGGAGAUCACCGCCCUAAAACAGAAUAAAGGGUUAGUCAAGGGUCAGCUAGCUAAUUUGACCCCCUUCCUCGACAUUCAUGGAAUCCUUCGAGUUGGGGGCCGGCUGAAGCACGCAGUGCUCUCAGAUGAUGAGCGCCACCCAAUCAUCGUACCUUCGGCUUCGUGGCUGACACAUCUUCUCGUCAGGGCUCAUCACAGACGAACUCUCCAUGGCGGGGUCCAGCUCACUCUCGGCCUGCUCCGCCUACGAUAUUGGAUUCCUCGAGGUCGCUCCAUCGUCAAGAGGGUCAUCCACCAAUGCGUAACGUGUGCAAGAUGGAAGGCUGCAGUGCCGCAGCCCAUGAUGAGCGACCUUCCGACGGCGCGAGUCGCUCCAGCACGUCCAUUCUUGCGGACUGGAAUCGAUUACGCCGGGCCGAUCCUGAUCCGAACCACCAAGGGGAGAGGACACAAAUCGCACAAAGGCUUCAUCGCAGUUUUCAUCUGCCUCACUACCAAGGCCGUACACCUGGAAGCCGCGUCGGAUUAUUCCACGGACGCAUUCCUCGCUGCAUUCCGGCGCUUCACUUCCCGUCGGGGCCUCUGCGAGGAAGUCUACUCGGAUUGCGGCACAAAUUUUGUCGGCGCCAACCGAGAAUUGCGACUCCUGUUCCAGGCGUCGUCAUCCGACGGCCGGCGCAUCGCCCACACAGCAGCGUCCAACGGAAUACGGUGGAGAUUUAAUCCGCCGGCGGCACCUCACUUCGGCGGGCUUUGGGAGGCAGCGGUGAAAUCCACCAAACACCACCUGCGAAGAGUUCUAGGAGACACGACCCUCACCUUCGAGGAGAUGUCUACAUUCCUCGCUCAGGUGGAGGCGUGCCUCAACUCUCGUCCACUUCAGGCGCUGUCCGAUGACCACGACGACUUAACGGCGCUCACUCCGGGUCAUUUUCUAAUCGGGGCUCCUUUGCUGGCAGUGCCCGAACCUUUACUGGCAGACGUCAACGUCAACCUCUUGUCCCGCUGGAAACUUCUCCAACGGAUGCGCGACCACUUUUGGGAAAGGUGGUCGCGGGAGUACAUCAACUCACUGGCUUCCCGACCAAAGUGGUUGAAGGACACAGCAAGUCCCACCGUCGGCGGACUGUGUCUAGUGCGGUCGGACAUCACUCCACCAACCCGAUGGCCACUCGCUCGGAUCACCAAGCUGCACCCUGGGGACGACGGCGUGACGCGCGUGGUCACUGUACGCACCGUAUCUUCGGAGCUUGUCCGGCCUCUCAUCAAGAUCGUCCUCCUGCCUGGAGCCGACACCGCAGCAUCAAUGCACCCGGAUUCGUGA